GCUUUCUCCAGCGUCCAGGUAACGUGAUACCGCAAAGGAAGCAACUGUCUGUGGCGUCUCGGGCGGCGGCGACUGACGGAAGAUGGCGACGGGGCGAGUCUAGCUCUCGCAUAAAGAAAACAUUUCCUGGUUCACAAGGAGCUGAGUGCCCCCAUUUAAUAUUCUUGAGAGAAAGGAGUCCACCAAGGAGACUAUAGUGAGUACUCUUUCCUCACCUACAGCUUGUUUGGUUGUUAAUGAAAAUCCAGAGGAAGACAGUUGUCAACUGAACUAUUGACAAUGCAACCACAGGAGUUAAUGACCUUCAGAGAUGUAGCUGUAGAUUUCACCCAGGAAGAAUGGGUCCUGCUAAACAGAUCCCAGAGAAAGCUGUUCAGAGAAGUGAUGCUGGACAAUAUCAAGCUUCUGGUCUCAGUGGGAUGUCAGGUCUGCAAAUCAGAUGUGCUUUCCCAGUUGGCACAAGGAGAGGAAGUGUGGAGAGAAGGAAUAGGAUUUCUCCAAAAGCAGAAUACAGGCAGGAAAGGUGCCAUUAAAAAACAGGAAAUGAUAAUCAUGCAACCUACCUGCAGAAAAGACACGUCUGACAUCACAUCAUUGCAGGCAUCUCACACGGUAAAGAAUUCCAUUAAAUACGAUCAUUUACAAGAAGAUUCCACUGCCAGAUCCACAGUGACUCAACGUGCAUUAAUUCACAUAGGAAAGAAACCAUAUUCCCGGAAACCACUUGGAAAUGUUCUCAGUGACCAGUCAUCUUUUACUCAACAUAAGCAGAUUCACAAUAGAAGUAAAUCAUAUAAAUGUGAGCGAAGUGGUAAAGCCUCUAAUAAAAGCUCUGGCCAGGGAGAAUACAGUGGAACUCACAUAAAUCAUACAGAUAAAUCAUACAAAUGUCUUCAAUGUGGGAAAGCUUUCCCUAACAGUUUUCAGCUUAGACUGCAUGAGAGAGCUCACACUGGAGAGAAGCCGUAUGAAUGUCAUCUAUGUGGAAAAACCUUUAGUCGAUCUUCUAAUCUUAUAAAACAUGAGAGAACGCACACUGGAGAGAAACCCUAUGAAUGUCAUCAUUGUGGGAAAGCCUUCAGUCAGUCUUCUAAUCUUCGACAACAUGAGAGAAUUCACACUGGGGAGAAACCCUUUGAAUGUCAUCUAUGUGGGAAAGCCUUCAGUCGAUAUUUUUUCCUUAGACAACAUGUGAUAACACACACAGGAGAGAAACCCUAUGAAUGUCCUCUAUGUGGGAAAGCCUUCAGCCGAUAUUCUGAGCUUAGACGACAUGAGAGAUUUCACAUUGGAAGGAAACCCUACAAAUGUCAUGUUUGUGAGAAAUCCUUCAGUCGAUAUUCUCAGCUUAGGCAGCAUGAGAGGUCUCACCCUGGAAAGAAGCCACAUAAGUGCUAUCUAUGUGGGAAAGCCUUCAGUCAAGUUUCUCAUCUUAGACAGCAUGAUAGAACUCACACUGGAGAGAAACCCUAUAAGUGCAAUCUGUGUGGGAAAGCCUUCAAUCAAUCUUCUAUCCUUAGGAAACAUGAGAAAACUCACACUAGAGAGAAAUCCUAUGAGUGCCAUGUAUGUGGAAAAGCCUUUAUUCAUUGCUUUGCUUUUAGACGACAUGAGAGAAAGCACAUUGAAGAGAAACCCCCUGAAUGUCAUCAAUGUGGGAAAACCUUCAGUCGAUAUUAUUAUCUUAGAGAACAUGAGAGAAUGCACACUGGAGAGAAAAUUUAUGCAUGUCGUCUGUGUGGGAAAGCAUUCACUUAUAGUUCUGUCCGCAGGAAACAUGAGAGAAUGCAUUGUGGACAGAGGCCAUGAGAAUGAACAUCUGUAUGGAAAAACCUUAAUUUUUCUAACCUUAGACAAUAUCACAUUAUUGAAACUCGAGAGAAACCCUGUGAAUGUCAUGAAUUUGGGAAAGCCUUCAGUCAAUAUUCUGGGCUUAGAUGGGAUUGAGAGAAUUCACACUAUAAAUGUUUUGAAUAUGAGAUUCCAGCCAUAGACCUAAUCUUUACGCUUGCCAGCUGGAACUCACAUUGUGAAGAAACACUAUGGCUUUAAUAAAUAUGGUAGUGCCUUUAGUCAUCUGUACUAUUUUAGCUAGUCUAGGAAAAUUCAUGGAGGAGAGAAUCCAUAUGAAUGUCAUCUGUGUAUUAAGAGUCCUUAGCAGAUAGUCUGAUGAUAUGCCAUAUGAGAGUUCACAAUAUAAAUCUAAUGGAAGUGGAGAGUCCUCAUCUACCACCCAAAUAAGCAAAGCAGGGAAAUCACAUUCCAUAAGUUGUAUGUACUCUACAUGGGAGUGCCUUUAUUUGUAAUUAUCCUUUAAAUGGGUGAAUUCCAUACAUGUGAAGCACUCAAUUUAGACUAAGGUUGUCUUCUACAUUAUAUCUACAUAUAAUCUACAUAUAAGGAUUCCUUAUAUGUAGAUGUAAUUGUGUACUUAGGUAGUAUAGUAAAGUCAGAGUGAAAAGAAAAGGAAGUGCAAAAGGGAAGAAAACUUCCUUUGCAAAAGGAAAGUAAAACUACUUGUUUGUAUAUGACAUGAUUGGGUAUAUAGAAACCAUUAAAUUUACAAAAAUGUUAGAGGCAGUUAGUAAAUUUAGUAAAAGUCACAGGGUUCACAGUAAAAAUAAAGUUCAAUUUCUGUAUACCAGAAGUUUAAUGAGAUGCUCUGUCUUCCUGGGCCCACAAUUUCAUUGUCAUAAUUUCCAUGUUCACUUGUUGGUGGGUCCACCCAGCAGUGGACGCAAUGAUGAGAAAUUCAGCUACAUCAUAUAUGUCACUGAGGGUAAGUCAAUUGUUAUUUUCCAAGCAGGGAUCAUUCUCAGCCUCUCUUCCACUGUGAUCUGAAGCCUCACUGGGUGUGAAAGGCAGGCUGGUAUAUCCUUCAUUGACUGUCAUCCCCAAAUUCUCAUUGUAAUAAGACCCUUGCCAUUAAGUAUCAACAUGAGUGAUACAAAUGGUGCCUUCCACACCAACAGUUAUUUCGAAAGGUUUCUUUGCCACAGUAGGGAGUGUUUGAUUCUCCAGUCAGGUUCCAUCCAUGUAUCUGACCAAGCUGGUAAGCUGUUGGUGAUGGCUCCACCCAUGAGGCAGUAAACGGGUACAUGGGGUUGCUUAGCUUCUAGUGUUUGAGGAUAAUUAGGAAUACUUAUAUUUCAACCCUUUGGGCACUUUUCCAGUAACAGUGUUGAUAUAUAGUCUGCCUGCGGCAAGGAAAACAGUGGUUGCUGCCCAGUAGAUGCACAAUCACUUGGCUGAUCAGGGAAUCAGCAUUGAUCAAUCUUGUGGGUUAGAUGGGUGUUGUGGUUAGGUUUACGUGUCAGCUUGGCGAGGUGAUGGUGUGUAGGUGCCUGGCCAGGCAAGCACUGGCCUGUUACUGCAAGGAUAUUUGGCUGAUUUAUUAAAUCAUCAGUUAACUGACUGCACCUGUAACUGAUUACAUCAGUGAAGGGUAUGUCUUCCACAAGGAGAGAUUUGAAUC